GUUCUGUGUCGAUCAAGGGGGAACAACCACAGCUGAUCAAAACAAAAUAUCUGAUUUAUUACUAUAAACAAAUGGAGAAGUACAAAAACGGUGUCUGUGUGAGGGAAGAAUCCGAUGAAGAGGAACAGUUGUUUGAAAUAAGUUUUAGCGAUAAUGGCGAACCAAAUGACGAAUCAAAGGGAAAAUCUGUUGAGAUCCAAUUUGAUAUCGAAAAGUUUCAAGAAGAUUCAUCAGAUAAUGAAGUUAAAUCUUCCAAUACUCGGAUUAUAAAAGUGAAACGUAAGCCUCUCGAAAAUGACACCAAAAUAUUAAAAAGAAAAUGUGAUGUGGGAAGGUGCCUGCCCAAAAGAAAUUCCAAUAGUAAUAAGAUAAGUAAAAUAAGCUUAGAUCAGGAUAAACAAACCUUCCUUAAUGAAAAGGAUAUUCCAUUGCACAAAGAUAUUCAAGUUAAAAACGAGCCAAUAGAUGAUGAAAAUGAAGAAAAUUUUGCUGAUGAUCCGGGUGUCCCUACGGAGCUGGAGUAUUUAAUUCUUAAAAACGAAUCCAAUAUCGAGACUUCCAAUUGCGACGAGACACAUGAGAUUGUUUUGGUCAAAAAAGGAAAUAAAUACAACAAUAGAGAGAGUGAAACUGGUCCUGCAGAUGUCGAGCAAAAGAACGAUAGGAAUGAAGAUCCGAGCCAGACAAAUCCCAAAGAUAAAAAAGAAUCAACAUACAUUAAGUGCCCCCAGUGUCUGAAGUUAUGCAAACCUGAGGGUCUCGCAAGACAUGCCCGGCGGAACCACCGAUCUAGACUAUACACGUGCUCCCAGUGUAAGGCAUCGUUCCUUAGGCCUCCAAUGCACGUGCCAGAAUUUUUAGAAAAGAUCGGCAAAUGCCGACGUAAAGGUUGCUCAGGAAAAUCCAAUAUAAUAUGCCAAAACUGUAGAAUAUAUUUAUGUGUUGAAAUAGGAAAAAACUGUUUCGAAUUGCACCAUGAAAAUAAUAUGUGAUUAAAAAUACUCAGAAAACAAAGACUAAACUUAUUAUUAACUUUUUUGUUAUAAACGGUGUGUAUUAUUUUGGGUUAGUAACAAAAGUAAAUCUUAAUUAAAAAAAAAAAAAUAAUCAGAUCUAAUAUCCCCCUCAUUUUAACGGAUGAAAAGAUCUAUUUUAACAUGCGCUUAACAGCACACACUGUUCGGAAAACAGGGUGAUUAGUGUAAUAUCGACAGGGAAAACAAAAUAAUUUUUUUCCUUGUAAGAAAAAAAUAUACAACAUUUCGGAAAGAAGAGAAAAAUAUAAGAACAUUUAAAUGUUAACUUGAAUUUCAACCACAAUAAUCCAGCAGAAUCCCAUAAAGAGGAGGAAGGAAAAAGGAACGUGGGACGUGCAAUGGAUUCGACUGGGAGCAGUCCUCAAAACCAUGGAAAUAUAAAAACAGAGUCGGUGGAAGUUACCCACUUCAAUGAUGAACCGAAUAGCGAAAGGACAUUCCAAUUUGAGUUGGAAGCGAAUGAAAGUGGCUCUGAUAAGGUCGUACAACAUGAUUUUUAUGAAAUACUAGAAAUAGAAAAUGACACCUUUACCAAUGAAGAGGAUAGCCAUCUGAUGGCCCCAACCGCUGAGCAAAACCCAUUAAACAUUGAAAUCAAAAACGAACCAAUUGAUGAUGAGUUGUGUGAGGAAAAAGAUUUCCAUAUAUCGGAAGGCGAGGUUUCCACUGAGAAUGGUGAAUACACUGAGGAGUUUGUCAUAACCAUAAAAGAGGAAAUGGAAGAUGAGACUUUAAACGAAAGUUUUUCGAAUGAAUUCGACUCGUCUAGCGAUACGAUACAAGAUGAGUCCUUUGAAAGCACCCAAGUCCCCCUCAAAAUAACAAACUGUUCCAGUCUGCCCCAUCCUAUCCACAUGCCAAAUAUUUGCUUGCCAAUUAAAUGCCCACACUGCCCUAAUGCAUAUAGCCCAAGAGUCUUUGAACACCACAUCCAGUCGGUCAAGUGUGUCUACUGCUCCGAGUCCUUUCAGUGCGGCGGAGGCCUCAAAUCGCAUAUGCGUACUCACGCCGAGUCAAAGCCAUUCAAUUGCACCGAAUGUGAAAAGGCUUUUAGCACUAUUCAUAUCCUGGUAGAACACAUGCGAACCCACACAGGAGAGAAACCAUUCUGCUGUCCAUACUGUCCGAAGGCCUAUACGCAAAGACAUGGCCUGAGAAAGCACAUUCACACCCACACAGGAGAGCGGCCAUUCGAGUGUUCGUAUUGCCCCAAGUCCUUCACAAAUGGAGCUAGUCUUAAAUCGCACAUUCGUACCCACACCGGUGAAAAGCCAUACAAGUGCUCCGAGUGCAAUAGAGAUUUUGCAGAGCGUAAAUAUUUGCAAGUCCACAUGCGAACCCACACUGGAGAGCGACCCUUUAAGUGCCCGCAAUGUCCUUCAGCCUACAAGCAACGAUCAUAUUUAACUGCUCACAUCCGGAGCCACACAGGUGAAAGAUUGUACAAGUGCACUGAGUGUCCAAAGGCUUUCACCAUAAAAUCUGUUCUGGAUAACCACAUGCGGACCCAUACGGGAGAGCGGCCGUUUAGCUGUUCCCUGUGCUCAAAGACUUUUAAAUAUAAUUCCAACUACGUAAUACACAUGCGAUCCCAUACGGAGGCUUCCAGCAAUAGCAAUAGCACAUGAAACAUUGGUUUUAUGAUUCAAUUUUAAUUAUUUUUAAAUUCGUUAUGUUAAAAUUUUACUACUUUGUGUAAUAUUAUUAUUAGGUUUUUAAACAUGUUAAAUAUUAUAAGAACUGAAAUCAAAGUUUCAAACUUUA